ACACAAGACAUCUCUUAUAUAAUAUACAGCAGAAAACUCAGUUUGCUGUUUGGAACACAGAUUUCCUCAGUUCCUCCAUUUUCCUCUUCUACUAUGGGUGUGGCAGACGAACUGUGCGAAGAGCUGUUCCGUUGGAUUUAUCAGCAGGAGAAAUGUGCAGAUCAUCUCAUGGCUUUGGCCACCGAGCUGGAGAAGAUGAGGGAGGCGAUGACUACAGGCCAGUUUGUGGGAAACACAGCAACUGUGCCUGGGUCUGCCACCCUAGUUGGAACAGGCAUUGCAACAUUUCUGACUGGUGGCCUGGCUGCACCCUUGCUGGCAGUGGCAGCUGGUAUCACAGUCGGAGCGGGUACUGCAACUAGUCUUACACUUUCGCUUGUGGAGAAUUGGAAAUCCAGUAAAACAAUGGAAAAUGCAGAGAAGACUGCUGAUAAAAUCCAACAGAUUCAGAACAAUAUUAAAAGGCUCCAGAAGAAACUCCAGAAGGAGUGUGAGAGUGAAGGCUUUAAAGCGUUAUCCUCCGAUGACGUGCAGUGUGAAAUCACCACGAGGAUCCUGAGAGCCAUGGCCAAACGGAGUGGUAGAGAUCUGCCCCUCAGCCUAAGGCACCUCUUGAGAAGUGAUGGCAUGUAUACAUAUCACAGAUAUCCAACGUUUAAUCAUGACAUUGGAUUCAUCUGCACUGUCAGUUCUUUGCUAGCAUUCCUUGGAUAUUCUGCCAUCUUUCUGAAAACAGCAGCAGCAAAAGGACAAAAAUAUUAUACUCCACUUGUUGUGAAAGCUACUGAAGGAAUGGCUGAUCUUUCACUGAAAGCUGCGUUAAAGGGAACAGGCCAGGCCGCAGGAGGAAUCUUUGGGCUGAUAUUCACAGUUCCUGAUCUGAUUAAUAACUGUGAAGAACUGAUUAAAAACAAACAUCAGACUGAAGCUAGCACAUUUCUGAAGACAAAAGCUUAUGAAAUCCGAAAAGACAAAUCAGGUGACAACAAGAACAAAAGACAGAAGAAGAAGGCUACUUCAACUGAAGACAGGGGCCUUAACCAGGAGAAGAAACCUGCUUUUCAGAGGAAACCACCACAAAAGUCUAAAACAAAAAGACAUGGUUGA